CCGGCGGCCCGAGUCCGGGGAAGCCCGAGGCUGAGGCGGCGGGAGGCCCGAGGGCCCCAGGGCGGAGGCGCACCCCUUGUUCGCCCUCGCCGCCGCCGCGCCGCACACGCGCGCGCUCCUCUCCAGCGGGACCCCGCCGGCGACCCGUAGCUCGGGCACGCGCCUGUCGCAGCCCGCAGGAAGGAGGGGUCCGGCCCGAGGCCCGGGGCGGCGGCCGCCAUGGAGAUGCGCUGGGCACGGGGCCGGCGCCUGGGGCGGCCGGGGCGGCCCUGAGCGCCCUGCUGCUCGCCCCGGCCGGGUGGCGGACGUGCCCCCGGUGCGCUCUCCGCCCGCGCUGCUGCCUGGGCGCGGCGGCGGCGGCGCCCUGUUGAAUGGGCUGGGAGGGCCCCAGGUUGGAAGUGCUGGCGGACGCGGCCUCCGGGGGCGCAAGGCAGCAGGCGCGGUGGCGACCAAACGGGUGUUGGAGUUGGCGGCGGCCAUGGAGGGCCUGGCUGGCUAUGUGUACAAGGCGGCCAGCGAGGGCAAAGUGCUGACCCUGGCCGCCUUGCUCCUCAACCGCUCCGAGAGCGACAUCCGCUACCUGCUGGGUUAUGUGAGCCAGCAGGGCGGGCAGCGCUCCACGCCUCUCAUCAUCGCAGCCCGCAACGGGCACGCCAAGGUGGUGCGCUUGCUGUUGGAACACUACCGGGUGCAGACCCAGCAGACGGGCACCGUGCGCUUCGACGGGUAUGUCAUCGAUGGCGCCACUGCUCUUUGGUGUGCGGCGGGAGCUGGACACUUUGAGGUUGUUAAGCUUCUGGUCAGUCACGGGGCGAAUGUGAACCACACCACCGUCACCAACUCGACCCCCCUACGGGCAGCGUGCUUUGAUGGCAGACUGGAUAUUGUGAAAUAUUUAGUUGAAAAUAAUGCCAACAUCAGCAUUGCCAACAAGUAUGACAACACCUGCCUAAUGAUUGCAGCAUAUAAGGGACACACCGACGUGGUCAGAUACCUUCUAGAACAACGGGCUGACCCCAAUGCUAAAGCACACUGUGGAGCCACAGCAUUGCAUUUUGCGGCUGAAGCUGGCCACAUAGACAUUGUCAAAGAACUGAUCAAAUGGCGCGCUGCUAUCGUUGUGAAUGGCCACGGAAUGACACCCCUGAAGGUAGCUGCCGAGAGCUGUAAAGCUGAUGUUGUUGAACUUUUGCUCUCUCAUGCUGAUUGCGACCGAAGAAGUCGGAUUGAAGCUUUGGAACUCUUGGGUGCCUCCUUUGCCAAUGACCGUGAGAACUAUGAUAUCAUGAAGACAUACCACUAUUUGUACUUAGCUAUGCUGGAGAGGUUUCAAGGUGAUAGCAUCCUUGAGAAGGAGGUUCUGCCACCCAUCCACGCUUACGGGAACAGAACUGAGUGUAGGAAUCCUCAGGAGCUGGAAGCCAUCCGGCAGGACAGAGAUGCCCUUCACAUGGAAGGCCUUAUAGUUCGGGAGCGGAUUUUAGGUGCCGACAACAUUGAUGUUUCGCACCCCAUCAUUUACAGAGGGGCUGUCUAUGCGGAUAACAUGGAAUUUGAACAGUGUAUCAAGUUGUGGCUGCACGCUCUGCACCUUAGGCAGAAAGGCAACAGGAACACCCACAAGGAUCUUCUUCGAUUUGCUCAAGUUUUCUCACAGAUGAUCCAUUUGAAUGAGACUGUGAAGGCCCCCGACAUCGAAUGUGUUCUGAGAUGUAGCGUUUUAGAAAUAGAGCAGAGCAUGAACAGAGUAAAGAAUGUCACAGAUGCCGACAUCCACAACGCCAUGGACAAUUACGAAUGUAAUCUGUACACCUUUCUGUAUUUAGUGUGCAUCUCCACCAAAACGCAGUGCAGCGAAGAAGAUCAGUGCAAAAUUAACAAGCAGAUCUACAACCUGAUUCAUCUGGACCCCAGAACUCGGGAAGGCUUCACCUUGCUGCAUCUUGCUGUCAACUCCAAUACCCCGGUGGACGAUUUCCACACCAACGACGUCUGCAGCUUCCCCAACGCGCUCGUCACCAAGCUGCUGCUGGACUGUGGCGCCGAAGUGAACGCGGUGGACAAUGAGGGGAACAGCGCCCUGCACAUCAUCGUCCAGUACAACAGGCCCAUCAGUGAUUUUUUGACCUUGCACUCGAUCAUCAUCAGCCUAGUGGAAGCUGGCGCUCACACCGACAUGACAAAUAAACAGAAUAAGACUCCGCUCGACAGAAGUACCACGGGGGUCUCGGAAAUACUGCUUAAAACUCAGAUGAAGAUGAGCCUGAAGUGCCUGGCUGCCCGAGCAGUUCGGGCUAAUGACAUUAACUACCAAGACCAGAUCCCCAGAACUCUUGAAGAGUUUGUUGGAUUCCAUUAAGUGACUGGACAUGUAAAAUCGUUUAAUGUGGUGCUAAAAAGUAAAGGAUUUAAUCACAGACAAUAGAAUUAUGUGUUCAUAAAUUCCGCUUUUUCUUUCCACUACCCUUUCUCCCAACCCAGCCUUCCUUAGUCCUGUAUUUGUUCUUCUUGCCUCCUAUGGGAAUAGAUUUCAAACACACUUCAAACAAAGCCACAUUGUUUAGGUGUAAUUAAGAGUUUGAGGUCUUUGGAUGUUGGUCACCUAGCAAUUUGUUAUUUUUGUUUUUCUUCUUUGAAGAAAUGAAUAUAAAAUAUAUUGUUUAUGUAGCAAGGGACAUUUAUGAUUUCAAGUUGGUGAUGUUUAAACAGCUGCCUACACAGUAUUUCUGUUAAGCUGGUGUCAGCAUGUUUUCCAUGCAGCAGUUUUGAGGAUCUUGUGAAGAGAAAGAACCACAGAAGAAGGUUGAAAGUAGUGGGAUUGUCCAGGUGUUCUGCACGUGCCAAGCUGCUGUGGGUAGCUGUCGCUCCGCCAUUGUUUCUGUGGAGUGGUACAACCCGUGUUACCAUCGGGAGGAUUGAAAAAAAAAGAAAAGAAAACACAGCUGCAGAUUAAUUUCAACAAUGUGCUACUUUAAUAAUAACAGUUGCAAAUGUAUAAAGUUAAAUCCUUUGAAAUUGUUGCAUUUUUGUGGCUACUAUAUACAAAGUGAUAGUAAUCUUAAAAGCCAAUUUUUCAGAGAAUACUGAUGAACUCUUUGCCUUUAGUGCAAAUUCUUCCAAGCCUGUUUCAAUGAAAUUGAUCUAAAUUGCAGCAGUCUGCAUUUGAUUCACUUUAUGGACAUGUAAAAAUUAUGAAUUCUGUGUUUUUGUAUGCUCCAAAUUGUCACAAGAUGGUUACACUUUCUAUUUCCUUUUUUCCCUUCCCUCUUGUGUUGUGUCUUUCACAAUUUGGAAAACUCCUUUUCCAGAGGGCAUCAUUUGUGCCUCCCUAAUAAGGUGUUUGUGACAGAUGAAAAGGAACCAGGAUAUUUUUGAUUUUUUUUUUUUAGUCAUUCUUAGUCUGUGACAAGAAGUAGAAAAGCAGGAAAAUUACUAGUGUGGUCUAGGAAAUAAAAUGUUUUUGAGGAUGAAGAUAAUUCUUAUUUCCACUUGAAAGGGAUUUUUUUUUUUGUCAGAACUGCAAAUUUUUCAGCCACCCAAUGUUCCCUAUUCUGACAGCUCUACAGAAGUCUUUAUGAUUUUGUUUUGUUUUGUUCUGUUUUAUUGGCAACAUUUUAACUGUCAGAUACUGAAAGUAUUCUGUGGUUAUCUUUUCAGCAUCACAAAUUCAAGUAAAGGGUACACAUCUCUUUCUCUUGAUGUUAAAAUUGAUAAAGUAAAAUUAGCUGUAUCUGUAAUUUUCUCUAGUGCCAAAUGAAUGCCUUAGCUACUCAUAGUGCAUGGUACUUACUGUAAGUGAAGACCUGCAGCUUUCUUUUCCCUUAAUGAAAAGCAUUAUAAUGAUGUAGGUACAUCAGAUAUACACUUAGACAAACCGAUAAGGUUUCAAUGGACAUUUUGUGUAUGGUUAUUGCUUUCUCAAAUCUAAGAGGAAAGUUGCAGUUGGAUCAGUGUAAAACAAUGACCAAGCCAAAAUCAGCACCUAGGGCCUUAAAUACAAUGGAGAUACCCUGCGGAAAGGAGUGCUUGGAAGGGUGGGAGGAGAUGGAAGGGGUUUAACAACUUCUCCCUUCCAGGAUGCAAGAUGCUUUUAUUGCUGCUGUAGUUUACACUUUUGAGUGUUGUCUUGCUUCAGUUAGGGAAUGUUUUAAUGAGAAAUUCUGUCCUGUUGAUAGAUAUAUGAUUUCCUAACAUGAGAUUUUAUAAGAAAGAUUUUUUGGGGAUGGCUUAAAAGAAGGUAUUUGAGCCCUAAUUUGAAAAUUACCAAUCUGGAUUCUGCUGGUAUGAGUCAAGGAAAAACUUGUACCAUGCUCUUGACAGCUUUCAGUGGCCUGAAAGAGAAAAUGCACUUCCUCCUCCAGGUGAGUGGAUCACACCUCCUCCACGGCUGCGCUCAGACCCGCUGUCCUUCACACCACAAGGCCUGCCCAGUGGACAGUCUGUGGAAUCGCUACAAGACUUGGUGUUCAGUUGGUUCCAUUCUUAAUGUGUAUGAUUUUGAAACACCAACCUUGAAAUAUCAGAUAACGUUGCAUGUUUUAAAAACACAUUUCAUCCGCUUGGCUACCCAGGACCAGCGCUAUUUAAGACAUUGCUUACACAAUGAAGAGACUGAUUAUGUACAUAUUCAGACAUCAACAUUUAAUGUCAGUGUCAUUGAGAAGGGAAGACUAUGCUAGAGAAAGUCAAACUCUGCCGACUGGAAUGCUGACAAAGAUGGAGAAAGAAUUGAGAGUGAAAUAGAUAUGAACUGUGCUCAUGGUAACUAGAUUUUUUUUU